AGGAUGAGUGUGAUGAGGUUCUGCAGCAGCAGCAGGAGGAGAAGGAGGAGCAGCUGGAGGAGGUCAGCAGGGGGCUGAUCAUCAGGGAGGAGCAGCUGUUCAGUCAGGACAACCCCAGCGAGGAGGAGGAGGACCAGCUGCAGAGAGACUUUGAGGCUCUCAGACUGAAGAUAUGUAUGGCUAUUGACAACACCUUCACCUCCUCUACUUCCUCCUUGGAGCACCUGGAGGUCCUGAGAAGUGCUGUGGCCUCUAUCCAGCAGCAGGAGGAGCAGGACCGGCGGUGGGUGGGGUGUCUGGAGGACAGAGUCCCAGUGUGGCGUCCUCAGAAGUGUCUGAGCACUCACAACAGUCUGCUGCAGAACAUGGUGCAGUCCAGACUGAGGAAGGGCUCAGAGGAGGAACCAAGUGGAACCGACGGACUGUCCUCACCUGUGAAGAAGGAGGUGUGUGGAAUGGGGAAGCGGGUGAAGGAGGACCUGCUGACGGUGGUGAGGACAGUGAAGGACUGCUACCCUCCACAGGUGGACAUCCUGAACCUGUAUGCUGGACUGUACCAUCAGGGCUUCUCUGUCCGGCUGAGGGAACUCACUGAUUCUGGUCUUGACAUUGAGGACUGUAGCUACCUGUUGUUCUGGGUCAACCAGUACUACCCACAUGAAAUAUUGAACCAUAAAGAGCUGGAGGGAAAGAUAAAGACGGCCUGUCUGGGUUCUCUGCUGCUGCAGGACCAUCUAAACCACCUGGAGGACCAGUACCUGACCCACAAAGAGGACCAAAUGAAACUGUGGCUGAACACUGCUCUGAAGAAAGAGGUGGAGAGCUGGCUGAGCGGCAGCACACCUGAACUCAUCGACCAAUACCUCUUCAGCCCGCUAGCUAUAGACGUCAUACAGGUGAUAGACAGCUCCCUGACUGAGUUCAGCUGUGUGAUCGGAGACCAGAGGAAAGCUGAGAGGAUCACAGCUCACCUGGAGAGCUUCCUCUGCAGCUAUAAGAAGAGUUUGGAGGAUUUUGUGAAGGGUAACCAUGGUAACAUCCGUUCAGUGGUCAAAGCUCACCUGGUCUGUGAGCAGCAGCUCAGGGAUUACAUCACUGCUCAAACAGGAAGUCUGACGGAGCAGCAGAGACAUCACUGCCUGGACGCUCUGACUGACCUGAGGGAUUGUGGGUACAGGUGUUUCACCUGUCCCAUUCACAGCCAGCUGAAGGUGGGUCUCACUCAGCUGUGGACUUCUGUCUGGUUGGACGGGUCACUUCCUGUUGUUGAUUCUUUGCUGGACUCUCUGAACCAACACCUGAGCGACCUGGUUGACCUGAAACCAGCCUGCAGACAGUCCCUGCUGUGCGUCCUCCAUCAGGAUGUGGUUAUUCAGUAUGUGAAGAGAAUGAUGAAGACCAGGAUGAAGAGCAGAGAGAAGCAGGUGGGCGGAGCUAAGAGGAUGAUUGAAGAUGCCCAAAAGAUCAACGACUUCUUCAGCGAGGGG